UAGAAUUCUCUCCUACGAAACAUCACCAUCGUCGUCCUUGCCAUCCCCCGACCCGAAACGCCAAGAAGAAAAACCGAAACGCGAUACGAAAAAAAAAAAAAAAACACAAUUUUUCAAUUUCGCGGCAUCAGAAGAUCAGAGAGACCAAUCAACAGCUCAAUGUUCGCCAAAAUUUUCCAGAAAUCCAAACAACAACAGGAAAAUUCUCCUCCUCAGUUCGUUGGACAGAACAAUGUGCCCGAGAGAAGUUUAACACCAGCGGAUUUUAAUCCGCGAAUUGCUCUUCACUAUGGGAUUCCAUCUACGGCGUCCAUUCUCGCGUUCGACGCAAUCCAACAGCUGAUUGCAGUAGGAACUCUGGAUGGUAGAAUAAAAAUAAUUGGUGGUGAUAAUAUUGAAGGGCUUCUUGUAUCUCCUAAGCAAUUACCCUUUAAAUAUCUAGAGUUCUUACAAAAUCAUGGUUUUCUAGCCUGUGUCUCAAGAGAUAAUGAAAUUCAGGUUUGGGAUUUGGAAAACAGGGUAAUAGCUUCAACUUUGCAGUGGGGAUGCAAUAUAACUGCCUUCUCUGUCGUUUAUGGCACAAGCUACAUGUAUAUUGGAAGCGAGCAUGGGGAUGUAUCUGUGUUAAAGUACGAUGCUGAAGACAGAAAAAUUACUCGGCUUCCAUAUUAUGUUCCUGCAAAUAUCAUAGCUGAUGCAGCUGGUGUGUCCUUGCCUGAUCAUCUUCCCGUUGCUGCGGUUCUCCAUCAACCUUGUUCUCAGGGAAACAGAAUUCUAAUUGCAUAUGAGAAUGGGUUGAUCGUUCUCUGGGAUGCUUCUGAAGAUCAAGUUGUUCUUGUUAGAGGCCUCCAACUAAAGUAUGAAACAGUAGUUGAUUGUGUACGAGGAGCAAAACGUGACCUUCCUGAUAAUUUGUCCGACAGUGAACAGUCGGAGAAAGAGAUCAGCGCUCUUUGUUGGGCAUCUGAAAUUGGUUCAGUUCUUGCUGUUGGCUAUGUAGAUGGAGAUAUAAUCUUUUGGGACAUGUCAAAGGACGCUUCUUCAAGAUAUGGACAGGGGGAAGAAUCGGCUAACGAUGUUGUUAAGCUGCAAUUAGCCUCAGGAAACAGAAGACUCCCUGUAAUUGUUUUACAUUGGUCUGCAACUAAAUCAUGCAAUCAUCAAGGAGGACAGCUCUUUGUCUAUGGUGGGGAUCAAAUUGGAUCUGAGGAAGUUCUGACAAUUUUAAGCCUUGAAUGGGAUAAAGGGAUAGAAAGUCUGAAAUGUGUUAGUCGGUUCGGCCUCUCGCUUUACGGUUCUUUUGCUGAUGUGGUUGUAUUCCCAAGUGCUUAUGAAACAAACAGCAGGGGGACUUUGUUAUUUAUUUUGACAAAUCCUGGGCAAUUGCAUGUGUAUGACAAGUCUUGCCUGUCUUCCUUAAUGCCUCAGCAAAAGAAUACCCCUGUUCCUGCAGUACAGUAUACUACGAUGGUACCUAUUACUGAACCGAACAUGACAGUAUCAAAGCUUGGUUUUGUGCACAGAGAUGGAGAUCUUUCAAGAGUUUUGUCUCAGAUAGUAUCAGCUGAAAAACUAAAUGCUGCACAUUUGCCCAAAGAAGAUACAAGGUGGCCUUUGACUGGAGGUGUUCCCAAUCAGUUUUUUGAUCCCCAAACUUAUCAGGUUGAGAGACUGUAUAUAUCAGGAUAUGGAGAUGGAUCUUUUCGAAUCUACGACGCUACGUAUCCAGAUAUGUCACUUAUCUAUACCAUAGGACCCGAGGUGCAAGGUAUACCUGGUGCAAUUUCAUCAGUAUCCGCAUUGGAAUUUUGCUCUUUUACUUUAAGGUUGGCUAUUGGUGAUGAAAGUGGUCGGGUUCGUCUAUAUGAGCUAAUAGAAAGUUCGCAAGAGAAGAAUUUGCAUCUUGUGAGAGAAAAGAGUACUGAAGUUUACAAUUUGCAACAAGGAGAUGGGCCUCAUUGCAUCGCAGUCUUUUCUAUCCUCUCUUCCCCUAUAUGCACCCUACAAUUUGCAAAUUCUGGAAACAGACUUGUUGUAGGAUUUGAAUGUGGACAGGUCGCCAUGCUUGAUAUUGGUGCAUUAUCAAUUUUGUUUCUCACAGAUGCUGCAUCUGAGACAAGUUCCCCUAUAACUUCUCUGGGUGUGAGAUCAUUUUUAGAUGCUCACGGCAUAGAGAGCCGCCAGGACUCUCAAUCAGAAAUUUUGGAAGAUUCUGAAAGAGGGGUUCUGUUCAUUAUGACAAGAAAUGCGCAUAUUAUUGUUAGAGAUAUCACAAAUGGAAAGUUAAUUAGCUCUCAGCCAUUGCACCCGAAGAAGGAUUUUAUUGCAAUUUCAAUGUACAUUAUAGAGGAUAUUGAUCUUAUAUCCGAAGUCCAUAGUGAAGAGCACUUGCAGGAACCACCUCAGAGUAGUGAGGCCAAAAAUGUACCCUCACAGACUGAUGCUCACUCCAGAAGUACAGAACUAGAAGUCGGAGUGGUCCCCUCCUAUGAUUUUCCUCAGAGAUUAAUGAACUUUCUCAUUUUGCUCUGUUGUGAAGAUGCACUAUACUUAUACUCUUUGGAUUCUAUGAUUGAGGGUGGCAGCGAUCCCAUUCAUAGAGUGGAUCUUGCAAAACCAUGUUGCUGGACUACAACAUUCAAGAAAGAUGAGAAAGAGUGUGGUUUGAUAGUUCUCUAUCAAACUGGAGUAAUUGAAAUAAGGUCUUUGCCAACUCUAGAAGUGUUGGGAGAGAGCUCUUUAACGUCGAUUCUUAGGUGGAACUUCAAGAGUGACAUGGAGAAGACAAUUUGUUCUUCUGAUAACGGGCAAAUUGCACUGGUGAAUGGGUGUGAAUUGGCUGUCAUUUCUCUAUUGAAUUACGAAAAUGAUUUCAGGAUUCCAGAAUCUUUGCCUUGUCUUCAUGAUACAGUGCUUGCUGCUGCUGUAGAUGCCGCCUACAGUUCAUCUCCAAAUGAGGAACAGGUUGCGGCUUCUAGCCCUGGAAUCUCUGGUGGUAUUACUCAGGGUUCAAACGUUGGCAAAGCGUUGCGGAAUGUUGAUCUUAAUGUUGUACACAAGCAUAAUUAUUCGCGUCUAGAGAGUUUGUUCUCAACUCCCCCAUUCUUAAAACCUUCCGCGGCUUCAAAGGAUGACCAAGAAAUUCUUGAGCUUAAUUUAGAUGACAUCAUCAUUGAUGAGCCUCUAUACGUCUCACCUUCAUCUCAAAAACACAAGAUUGAAAUGAAAGAUAAGGGAACAGAGAGGGAAAGAUUGUUUGAUGGUGCAACUUCGGAUUCGAAGCUAAGACUCAGAACCGCAGAUGAAAUAAGAGCUAAAUAUAGGAAGGCUGGGGAUGCCUCUGGAGCAGCUGCAGAGGCAAGGGAUAAGCUUGUACAACGCCAGGAAAAGCUUGAGAGGCUAGGCCAACGCACUGAAGAGUUGAGAAGUGGGGCUGAGAACUUUGCAUCACUGGCCAAAGAACUUGCCAAGUCUAUGGAAAAUCGUAAAUGGUGGCAAAUAUGAACAAGUUAGUAUCAAGUUGAAGUGAUUGAAACCGUUAAAAUUGGCAUAAUCCCUCAUUCACAAUUCUAAAGAAUCAGCCUUUGUUCUUUGUUGUGGAUUUUACACUGCAAUAUAAGUCCACUAUUUGAACCUAAGUUUGUAUUUACUUGUAUUUGAUGGUGUGUGCUGCACCUAGUCUUUAUGUACACGUGGCUUGUUUUGAUUUGUUUUUCCCUUUUUGUAACAACAAAAAUCAACACAUGAUGCACACAUUACAUAUAAACCAAGUAUUUUGAUCCCUGUGGAUUUGAUUUUUUUU